AUGGUCGUCCCCUACAGUGCAGAUCGCGACCCACCUUCCUUCACCCACGACCUGCCUCCCUCCGCCCGCAGCCAAGGGUCGUCCCCCGCUGCAAAAGGUCGCAAGCGCCGCAGAGGGUCGUAUCCCCAAACGGAAGGUCAUCCACAGCAGCACAUGAGGCAUCGCGGUACGUUGAACCAGUAUGCUUCCCAGGAGCCAGGAGUCCACCCUCUCAGAUCUCAGCAGAAGCCGGAGGACCGACUUCUAGGUCUCCUUAUCGACCCGACGCCCCGACAAAUGAUUCGUUCCAUCAAGAGUCGGGAGGGACAUUGUUCGGCUGUUCAUAUUCGCAGGGGUAAGUUGUUCUUCAGUGAAGAGGCCGGACGCUGGUGCCUCCCCAACAUGGCCUCCGACCGCUCCGUCGUCAUGCGGUCGCAGCGAUGCAACUUUGAGCUGGAGAAAAGACGCCCUGUCCAGUUCAGCGCCUUCUUUGGCAUCUCCUCUCUAUCAACAGCCAUAUUUGGCAUUGUGUUCGGGGUCCUCUUCUAUGUGAUGGCUUCCAUCUCCUUUACCAGGUCACUUUUGCUCAAGUAUCCAGAGUUCUUCACCUUUGGCCUGUUCUCCCGAAAGGGCCCCAAACGUGAAGACCUGGUUAACAUGAAGUUCUGCGUGACCCUCACUGGAAAAGGUUGGGAGAAGAAGAUAGAGGACCCAGAACAGCAGCACACUGACCCACCUACUGUUAGCAAGACUGUUACGGUUGUUGGUCCUGAUCCUGGAUAUUUUGGAACAGCCACCAUUGUGAGUCAGUGUGCUCUGACUGUGCUUCAGGAAAAGGACAAGCUUCCCAAAAGUGGUGGUGUGUUUCCACCUGGAGCUGCCUUCGUGAAGACUACCCUGCGCAGUCGCUUGGAGGACAACGGAAUCAGCUUCAAAGUCAAAGAGUAGAGUCCGCUGAGGUUUCAUGGGAGAUUAGAAGGGAGAACUAUAACCAAAUUUCAUAUGGCCUUAUUAAUGCAUAAAUUCCAAAGAUAUAUUUAGAUUGUGUAGUGUGGAAGUACUUGGUUUUGAGGUGUGGAUAAUCUGUGGAGGUUAGGAUUUCCUUUGUCAGAUUAUGUAAUCAUUGAAAAAGCAAUAUGAGGUAUACUAGUUAUCUUUUUUUUCCGUUUUUUAUUUAUUUACUUUUUUUUUCUUUUCCUUCUUUUGGCUUCGAAGGUAGUCAAUCAUAAUGGAUGUUUGAUUUUUUUUUUGAAUUUUGAAUUUUGAUAGCAUGACAUGUUUAAAGUUUAUUUCUCAAGUAGUUGACCUGGAAGUGUUUUUUCUCAGCAUACUUUGCUUGCUUUACUAGCAGUCACUAUGUCAGUUAUUUUCUAUACACAUUUCUUUGUUAAUUUUCUUACUUAUUCCCUCUUUUUCCUUCUUUUUUUAAAAUGAAAUGGUAAUGUGAUAUGGAAUAUUUAUGAGUGAAAGUUGUCUAAUAUUUUUUUAUUGCAAAUAUCAUUGUCCUAAUAAAAGAUAGAUGAUAUGUGGGUAUGAGGAUAUAUUUUCUAUAUCAACAUUGUGUAAUAGGUAUGGUGAUACCCUAAAUUAUAGUGCCAAAAAUUAAUUAAAUAAUGAGGCUGAAUAAGGCAGAACUCACUAAAUAUUAUGCCCUGCAUUCACUUGACACCUAACGGUUAACUUGUUAGAGUGAGUGAGUCAGUGGUUGAUUGGGGAUGAGUAGAGUGAGUGAGUGGGUGAUUGAGUGAAGUAAAGUGAGUGUGAGGGAUGAGUGAGUGAGUGGCAUGGUGUAAAUUGAGUAAAAUGAGUGAGCAUGUUAAAUAAAUUGAGUAAGUUGAGUGAUGUGAUUAAGCAAAUGGAAUAGAGAAUGAGAGGGAUGAGUGGGUGAGUGGUGAGGAGUGUGUUUGGCGAGUUCGUGUCGUUCCCUUCAAUUUGAACCGUUUAGCCAGAAGCCUGACAUAUUUUCUGUUUGGUGUUUGGUGAAUGCAGGUCCGUUCUCUUCUCUUAUUCUUACAUUCCUUCUAUUUCAUGUUAGACCAGUUAGUUAUAGAUCAUGCACUAAUUGUGUUCCGGGAAAGCAUUUACUUAACAAAAUAGGAACAGGUUUUGAGACAUUUUUCUUUCGUAUUCAAGGUGCUUCACAUGACAUUGUACAAUCGUCAUUAUAGUAUUUUUAUGUUUUGUUUUUGUUUUUUUGGUGUGUUCUAUGUUUACUUAUGCACAGGAUGUUGAUGUUGUGUGUUGAGUGUUGCUGUCAAAGCUGCCCCUUAUUUUUAUACUUUAGAACAAACACUGUCAGGCUUUGUUAGUUUUUCAUCAUUGUCUCUUUGCAACAUCCUUUAGAAAUCAUGAUUUUCAUAAUCUGUUACUCUGUUUUCCUCUCUCAUUGAUGUCAUACAAAUUUAACAAAAGUAAUACAUCAACUAAUGUUUCUUCAUGUGCUUGGCUAUUAUUAUUGCACAAAAAUGUUCCUGUAAGUAUGAUUCACCCAGGUCUCCGUUAGGCUAAAAUGCCCUACCGUUUACCAUCUGGCAAGACACAUGUAAUAAUGCUGCUGCAGUUUCUAGACCAUUUGUAAUCUGUGUACAGCAAUUGCAUCAGCCAGUUUGAAUUUUCGUCAGUCAGAUUUAGUGUUGUGAAAAAUCUCGAGUUCCUGUUUUUUGUUGUGAAUUCGCAGCCAAAUCUAAAAGCUGUGGUUUUGAAAAUUUGAACAAACGAGGAGAUAUAAGGAUAUAAAGAGAUUAUAUUUACUAAGGAUAUUUAGCCAUUGUAUGGUAAUUUGUGUUUUGGUAUAUUGUACUUAGAGGAAUAAAGCAUUAAUAACGAUU